CAAUUCUAUCCAUUAUUGAAUAUAUAUGAGUUUAAGAAUCGUUUACAUGAGCAGAAUCUCUCAUUCUAUAUGGUUUUAACAUUGAUGAUCAUUUUAAAAUACAUACAACAUAGUUAAAAGUAUUUAUAAUAUUUCGAUUAUAAUACAAGAGAAAAAUUUUUUUAAAAGAAACAUUGAAAAAUAAAAAUGGGUUUCGGUGUAAUCAUCUUGUUUACCAGUCUAUUUGCGGCCAUCGGUAUCGGUGUGCCUGUUUUUCUACCCGAAAAUCCUAACAAAGAAAUUGUCAAAUUGAUGAUUGUAAUGAGCACAAUAUGUUGUUAUAUAAUGUGGCUGGUCACCUAUAUGUCACAGAUGAAUCCAUUAUUUGGUCCGGUUAUAAGUACGGCAACUGCUAGUUUGAUGCGUCGUGAAUGGUCGUAAUUGUUCACUGGGAUAUGAUGAAGUAUUAUAAAUUCCAACAAGCAAACGAAAGUAAAAGAUUUAUAUUCAAAAUAUAAUAAUCAUCAUCACAAAAUCAUUAUCAAUCAAUGCUGAUUAC